AUGCCGUGCUGCGGUGCGUACCAAACGGGCGUGGCGGCAGGCGUGCUCCUUACGUACGGCUUAGGCAAGUUCGCAGACUGGACGCAGCUGGCACUGUGGUGCGCGAUGCCGCCGGCGGUGGCACUUCUGCUGCUCUGGAUGGCCGUGGAGUCACCGCGCUGGCUUUUUGAGAACGCGCAACCUGAGGAAGCGCAGAAGGCGCUGAGAAUACUUCGAGGCAAGGUACUCGAGGCGGACACCGAGUAUGAGGAGAUUGAGGCGAUCUACGUGAAGACACCGACACCCCUCAUCCACUACAUGCUGGCCGUGCUAGUCAUUAUGGUGCAGCAGUUCUCCGGUGUCAAUAACCUCAUCCUGUAUGCCAGCAGUCCACUUCACGCGGGCUUCGGAUACGCCUCGGACGACACGCUUCUUUUGCUGUCCUCCCUACAGUUCGCGACGACAGCCGUGGCUGCUCAGCUGCUAGACGCCGUCGGACGCGUGAAACCGCUGGCCGUGUCCGUGGUAGUGAGCGCGGGGAGCAUGGUGGCCCUGGGCGGCGUUUACUUCGGCGUCUCGCACGACGAAGAGGCCUUGGACACGCACAUCGCCGCUCGCAUCACCGUUGUCUGCAAGGUCAUCUUCACAAUAGGUUUUUCUCUCGGCCUUGGCCCGGCGUCCUGGACUCUCGCCGUCGAGCUGGCACCGCUACGUAAGAACGGCUUCGAGUUCGGAAGCGUCUGCGCUUUUCACUGGGCCUCGGCGCUCGGCAUCAUCAGCCUGUUCACCAUCCUGGGCACCACGACCGGAUCGCUGGCGCUGCUGGUCAGCUUGACGGGGCUGGUCACGUUCGCGGGCGGCAUGACCGCCUUCAAGCUACUGCCGGACACGCGAGGCGUAAGCCUCGAGGGAAUCCUACUGCAGGGACAGGGCGACGUGUGCAGCCGAAAGGCGUCGGACAUUGUGGACGCGGUCAAGCCCGCCGACGCGCUGCCGCAGGUACCGAAGAACGACCACGAAGACCAAACGGCAACGCGAGACGAACAAAAGACACGGCCGCAGCGGAAAGACUCUGCGCCACAUUCGUCUGUGGGGGUUUCCCUAAAGGGCUCGUCCAAGCCUAAAGCCAAAGCUCAGGCUAAAUCUCACGCCAGGCCUCAAGCGAAGGCUGAGUCUAAAGCCAAAUCCGAGGCCAAACCACAGCCGGAGGCCGGGGCUAAAGCUGGCGCUACGGAAGCGGUGGCGUCGGGUGAAGACGAAGUGAAAUCCGACGUUCCCAGCGGAGCAACGUUGGCCAUAGUUUCACCCGCUAAACGAGCUCCGGGACAGCAGGAGUUAACGGACGUUGACGAGGAGGGCUAA